AUGUCGCCCGCGCACCCCAGCCUCAUUGUUACUGUCCUGUUAGCAGUAGUCGCCGGCAACCGAGAGCUUCAACGCCAGCUCGCAUUACUGUCGGCUGGGAAGGACUUAAUGCAGGGCGCAAUGUCGGAGCUUCAACGCGAAAAUGAAGCCGUGAGGAGCGAGAAAGAUCAAUCGAAGUUCGCCGGUCUCGACAAGCAGCUCACGGAGGCGACGGAACUGAAACUAGACGCGGACGAGGCAGCCAAGUACAAUGUCACUAUGUUACGUCGCGCAUUGACCGCCGAGAACGCACUUCAACACGAGCAGAAGAUGCAUCGCAUCACCGAGGGCGCUUUGAGAAUGGAGAUCAGGAAGAACAGAAUCAAGAGUCCGAGCGAGAGUGCGAUGAAUCCGCCCCAAAAGCGCGGGCAUGAUUCACUUGACAUCCCAAGCAAGCCUACCAAGAAGGCCAAGCGCGCGACCGCAGUAUGCAUCGAAUGUUACAAGUCUAAGACCAACAAAAAGUGCGGCGGUACCUCGACUUGCUGGCCCUGCCAGUAUCUCGAGAAAGAGUGCAAGCGCAUGAAAUGCAAGUACUUCACUGCCGAAACAUGUCGCAUCGCCAACUGCGCCUUGGCGCACAGCGACAGCGGCUUCCCCGAGGGGUCGCUCGAGCCUUUCCAGCAUGUUCCCCAAUCCACGGAGGCCGCCCCCGUCGUUCCCCCCAAGCCGUCUACAUAG